GCAGAGCCAGGCGUCCCGGGAGUGGCGGCUCUGCCCUGGGGCUGGGCUUGGAGGCUGGGGCUCCUUCCCUCCCCACCCGAGCCCGCCAGAAAAGUUGCUUUUCCGGUCCCAGGCCACCCCCGCGCGGACCCCAGUGAUGACACCGCCGCGGGUGGGGAAGUAGCGGUGCCAGGUGCUGCUCAGACAAAAAGUAACCUUCUUGAAGAGGACAUGUGAUUGGAAGUUGUCAAUUGUGGAAGUGUUGGCAACUCUAGUCUCUAAAGUUUUAGAAAAACUGGACAAACGGUUCUCUACCCUGUCAAGGUGAACCACUGAGUUCUUCAUUAUGUCUGAUGGGGAUUACGAUUACCUCAUCAAGUUUUUAGCUUUGGGAGACUCUGGAGUAGGGAAGACCAGCGUGCUUUACCAGUACACGGAUGGUAAAUUUAAUUCCAAAUUUAUCACGACAGUGGGGAUUGAUUUCAGGGAAAAGAGAGUGGUGUACAGAGCCAACGGGCCGGAUGGAGCCAUUGGCAGAGGCCAGAGAAUCCACCUGCAGUUAUGGGACACAGCAGGUCAGGAGAGGUUUCGUAGCUUGACGACAGCGUUCUUCAGAGAUGCUAUGGGUUUUCUUCUACUCUUUGAUCUGACAAAUGAACAAAGUUUCCUCAAUGUCAGAAACUGGAUAAGUCAGCUACAAAUGCAUGCAUAUUGUGAAAACCCAGACAUAGUGUUAUGUGGAAAUAAGAGUGAUCUGGAAGACCAGAGAGCAGUGAAAGAAGAGGAAGCCAGAGGGCUUGCAGAGAAAUAUGGAAUUCCCUACUUUGAAACUAGUGCUGCCAAUGGGACAAAUAUAAGCCAAGCAAUCGAGAUGCUUCUGGACCUGAUCAUGAAGCGAAUGGAACGGUGUGUGGACAAGUCCUGGAUUCCUGAAGGAGUGGUGCGGUCCAAUGGUCACACCUCUACAGAUCAGUUAAAUGAAGUCAAGGAUAAGGGGGCAUGUGGCUGUUGAAAAGUCAAGUAAGCGACAUAGUCAUUCAAGUGGCCCAUGCCCUGUGAUCUUCUCUAUGAUUGAUUCCUGGUACAGUGAGAGAUGAAUGGGCAUUGUACACAAACUGCUUCUCACCAUCUCCGUUAGGCCUAUCAAUAAAGCAUCCAGUUUUAAGAUUAAUUUCUUGCACUUUGUAAAUACUUCUUUAGGGUUCAGCCUGAGAGUUAGGAGAAAUAUUUCACAGAGCCAAAAGUGCCUUAUACAACCAUAGCCCAUGACAGUAGAUCACUCUGGGAUUCAGGAUUUUGCAGCCGCAGAAGAGUAUAUUCAUGACAUAGAGUGAUGGAGCAUACUGUCCCUGCCUCAAUGUAUAUAGGCACAGAGUCUCACAUUUGAGAUGCAAUUGUAAAACUAUCACAGUUUUGAAUCCUAAUUUAAAAACUCAUGCCAUAGGUGACCUUCUAAAAUGCUACCUAAAUCAUUUGAAUGUUAAAUAAGAAUACGCACACACAUCAGUUCAAUGUCAUUGAGUGUUAAUUUUAUGUAAGCAUUGUCUUUAAUGUGAAUAUAGGACAAAUUAUGGCCAUAUCCAUAGACCCUAGAUAAAUUGGAUCGACCAACAGUACACUCCCCGUGACUUUUUUGUUGGUGGGAGAGGGAUUAGGGGUGGGGAGAGGGGUGGCUUAAUGCAAUAUGAGCAACUGAAGUGGGACUUGUGGCACCUCACUAUAUUCCUAUUGCUCUGAAUGGUUGAUUGAAGGGUGAGAGAACUCAGUUUUAUAGCUCCAGGUCACUAUGAUCUGUUUAUAGUUGGCCUGGGUGCUGGCCACAUCUGAACACCGCUGGUGCUUGUGCUGAAGUUAUUUGUGGAGUAAAUAUUUAGGUUCUUUUUCUUCAUAUUUAUAACGUUGAUCUGGCAUCCUCAGCCUGCAGUUUCAAUUAGCUUGCAAACUGCUCAUUUCUGUUCUCACCAUCAGGCUCUGUAUCUUUGAUAUUUGCAACUUGUUUUACUUUUCCACUGGUUGAAUUAAAGGAAUUUGUUCUUAAUUAUAUAAAAUGUCUGUUUGCUAUUUGGUGGAAGAUAGAUGUUUGUAUUUAAGCAGUCACAUUUGUACUCUAGCUGAACAUAAGAAAAAUGAAGUAUUCUAUAGCCUGUAUUUUUCACUGAGAUCACGGGGCAUUUACCAUACUUGCUGGGACUUGCCAAAGCCAUGUAUUCUGCUACAUUGCCAAAGUGUCUUCAUACCAAAUUAAAGGCGGUUUUAAAAUACGAUUCAUGGAAAUUGUUUAUAACAUUCAAAGGUCUUCAUUUAAGGGAAAAUUCUUACUUGUUAAAGUGCUUUAAAUAAAGUAAAUUAAAAUUUCCAGAGAGCUUAAUGGCUACAUAGAAAGAAAUAUCGCUCAUAAUAAUGUAGAUAAAGAAUAAAAAUAAAUGUAUUUUGUGGUGGCAAAUGUUUGGCAGAACAGUGAUUAGAGAAAAACAAGUAUUAUGAAAAAGAGUUACUUUUGUACAAUUUUCAAAUGCCUUUUUAUUGAGCACCUAUCAUGUUUUUUGCCACUGUCCUUCUCCCACUCCCAUAACAAACUUAGCUACGGUCAGUAUUUCUAUCCUGGAAAUGAAGGCUGCUUUUAAAUUCCAAAGACGUCCUGGAGGCCUAGGCCUUUGAAUUGUGCAUUCUAGUGAGGGAAAGAUUCAGAUGUUUCAAGGGCAAAGUCUUAAUCACACAGUGGUGCCUUCUCAAGUUGCCAUGAGACAUCAGUGGCGUAUAUCAUGAUUUUAUAGCUAUGCAUCAGGGCAUAUUUUAUAUGGUCUAUUGGUGUAAUUAAAAAUAAGAAAAUGUAUGAUUCAGUUUUCAAGAACCAAAUGAGUAAUUAACUACAGAUUCCCUUGGCCUUAAAUAUAUAGUUCAAUGUACAUACAUAUUAUAGUAUACACAUAAAAACCACCUUUAAUUAUUGAAAUCAAUAACCAGUAUUCUUUUUGGAAAUCAUUUGUUUAAAUUUGAUAUUGAAGUACCAUAUUUUUUGUGUGUCAAUGUAUUUUUAUAUUUACAAGCCUGUGUAAAAGUGAAGUGUAUCUUCAGUGAACCGUGUACCAAUUAAGCAAAUAAAAAAAAGUGAUAUAGUCUGUCAA